CGGGCCCAGAGCGCUGGAGGUGCCGCCCGCCCGCCCCGCGGGAGCCCCGGCUCGCUGCGGCGCCAGGCAGGGCCCCCGCGGAGGAUGCCCAGCCGCCCGCCGCGGCCAGCACUAGCCACCGCCAGCCAGCACCAGCCGCCGCGCCGCCGGCCCCGGCGCGCCCCUGUGCGCAGCUCGCGCGUAUGCUGCGCGCCCCGGGGACGGCCCCCGCCCGCGGCGCGCCGGGCGAAGAAUAGCUGCUGGAAAGCUGCCCUGCCGUAGCCACUGACGCUAUGGAAGACCGCAUCCGCUGGUCUAGGCUGUAGGAUGGUAGCGCACAGCAAGGUGUCAGCAGAUAAUGCAGUUGCAGCAGACCCGAGACGUCUACUUGACCCUCCAGCACGGGAGCGUUCGCAGGCUCGAGGCCGGCCCAGCGCUGUGCAGGCACAGAGCAACACGCACUUCAGAACCUUUCGCUCGCAAGCGGAUUUUAGUAGCAUCACUCGAGCAAGCAGCCUGCUGGAUGCCUGUGGAUUCUACUGGGGACCUCUGACUGUCAGUGCUGCCCACGAGAAGCUGAAGCCUGAGCCCGAGGGCACCUUCCUCAUCAGGGACAGCACCCAAAAGAAUUGCUUCUUUGCCAUCAGUGUUAAGACUGCGUCUGGGCCCACCAGCAUCCGGAUAAACUUUCAGACUGGGCGUUUCAGCCUGGAUGGCAGCAAAGAGACUUUUGACUGUCUCUUUAAGCUGCUGGAACAUUACCUAAGCUCACCGAGGAAGGUACUGGUUACCCCCCUGCGCAAAGUCCGCGUGCAGCCCUUGCAGGAGCUCUGCCGGAAAAGCAUUGUGAAGACUUUUGGAAGAGAGAACUUAAAUCAUAUCCCUCUCAAUCCUGUUCUAAAGGACUAUCUGAAAUCCUUCCCAUUUCAGAUAUAAGUACAGCAUUAACUGUAUAGGGACAUGUGAGAGAUGUGUAAAGAAAUCCAGCUUCCUGGGUUUUUCAACAUGUUUGACAGUGAGCAAACUUAUUUUUGUAGCAAUUUACUGUAUUUUGGAAUGGAACUUGAACACUUGACUUCUUAUGUUUACAAAAACUGUUUGCACAAACCUGGGGUUUUAAAACCCUGGCAUAAUUUUUCUGCCAAGCAGAAUAUUUUAUUAUUUUAUAAUAUUUUUAAUGACAUUAACAUAAUAAACUUUAUUGUGGAA